AUGGACAUGGACACGGCCACGCCCAAGACACCAGUACGCGCGCCGUCGAAAGAGCGACAAGGACCCAUGGUUCGCUUCCUGCGUCGUUUGUCCCCGGCCGAGGUGCGGCAUCUCGCAGGUCGAGCUACGUGCGUACCCCUGCUGCGAUGGGGCAAGACGGCGCCGACAAGGUUUCCAGGCCGGAACGGAACGAGGAAGCAGGGAGGGGCAGGACGCCGAUGA